CGGCCUCCGUGCUCCCGCUGGACGGCGGGGAGCGGAGCGGUGCUCCCGGGGGGGGCUCGCCGGGAGGAGGCUGCUGCAGGAGCAGCGGGAGCAUCCCCAGCCGGGAGGGAAGGGGAGGCUGCGGGGCACGACCUGAAGCUGCCUCUCCGCCCCGGUGGUCGGAAGCCCACCCGGAGGAGAGAGGAGGAGAAGGGGGGGGGCUGCGCUGCCCGGCCCGGCCCCCCCGCCACCGCCUUUGUGUGCUCCGGCCGGCCGCCGUGAUGCGCGCUGCGGGGCGGCGGGGGGUCCGCUCCUCCCGGUGAGAGGCGGGGAGGCAGCCAGCCUCUGCCCCCCUCCCCGGAGCCUUUUUUUAUUAGUAUUUUGUAUUCUUUUUAUUUUGGAAAGGGGGGGUGGGCUAUGGACUGAGCGCUGCGCUGUGCCAUGGAGUCCGGCAGCGGCUUCGGCACGCUCUGCCUUCUGCUCUGCCUGGGGCCAGUUGCAGGCUUUGGCGUGGACCCCUCGCUGCAGAUCGACGUGCUGGCCGAGCUGCGGCUGCCGGGCUCGGCGGCGGGCGUGCGGCAGGUGCCGGGGCUGCACAACGGGAGCAAAGCCUUCCUCUUCCCAGAUACUUCAAGAAGUGUAAAGGCAUCUCCAGAAACAGCUGAAAUAUUUUUUCAGAAGUUGAGAAAUAAAUAUGAAUUCACAAUCCUGGUGACCUUAAAACAAGCCCAUUUAAAUUCAGGGGUUAUUCUCUCUAUUCAUCAUUUAGAUCACAGGUACCUGGAACUGGAAAGCAGUGGUCAUCGAAAUGAAAUCAGGUUGCAUUAUCGCUCAGGCAGUCAUCGCUCCCACACAGAAGUAUUCCCGUACAUCCUGGCAGAUGAUAAGUGGCACAGGCUUUCCUUAGCAAUCAGUGCUUCUCACUUGAUUUUACAUGUGGACUGCAAUAAAAUUUAUGAAAGAGUUGUGGAGAAGCCCUUCAUGGACUUACCUUUGGGUACAACAUUUUGGCUAGGACAGAGGAAUAAUGCACAUGGUUAUUUUAAGGGCAUAAUGCAAGAUGUGCAAUUACUUGUCAUGCCUCAAGGAUUUAUUUCUCAAUGCCCAGAUCUUAAUCGCACAUGCCCAACUUGUAAUGAUUUCCAUGGACUUGUGCAGAAAAUUAUGGAACUGCAAGACAUUUUAGCCAAAACAUCAGCAAAGUUGUCCCAAGCUGAGCAGAGGAUGAACAAGUUGGAUCAGUGCUACUGUGAAAGGACCUGCACAAUAAAAGGCAUGACAUACAGAGAGUUUGAAUCCUGGACAGACGGUUGUAAGAACUGCACUUGCAUGAAUGGUACUGUGCAGUGUGAAGCUUUGAUUUGCCCUCUCUCUGAUUGCCCGAUUAAUUCUGCCCUGACAUAUGUGGAUGGCAAGUGCUGCAAAGAAUGUCAAUCGGUGUGCAUAUUUGAAGGCAGAACCUACUUUGAAGGACAAAGAGAAACUGUGUAUUCAAGCUCAGGGGACUGUGUUCUGUUUGAGUGCAAGGACCACAAAAUGCAGCGUAUUCCAAAAGACAGUUGUAUGACUUUAAACUGCCCAGAAUCUCAACAGAUCCCCUUGUCUCACAGUUGCUGCAAAAUCUGUAAAGGCCACGACUUUUGUACCGAAGGACACAACUGCAUGGAGCAUUCUGUCUGCCGAAACCUGGAUGACAGAGCUGUCUGUAGCUGCCGAGAUGGCUUCAGAGCCCUUCGAGAGGACAACGCCUACUGUGAAGAUAUUGAUGAGUGUGCUGAAGGACAGCACUACUGUCGGGAGAACACCAUGUGCGUAAAUACACCAGGAUCCUUUAUGUGCAUCUGCAAAACAGGAUAUAUACGCAUUGAUGAUUAUUCAUGCACAGAGCAUGACGAAUGUAUAACAAACCAGCACAACUGCGAUGAAAAUGCUCUCUGUUUCAACACUGUGGGUGGGCACAACUGUGUCUGCAAGCUGGGUUACACAGGAAAUGGUACCGUGUGUAAAGCAUUUUGCAAAGAUGGGUGCAGGAAUGGAGGAGCCUGUAUUGCUUCCAAUGUGUGUGCCUGCCCACAAGGCUUCACUGGCCCCAGCUGUGAAACUGACAUUGACGAAUGCUCAGAUGGCUUUGUUCAGUGCGACAGCCGAGCUAACUGCAUUAACCUGCCUGGGUGGUACCACUGUGAGUGUAGAGAUGGCUACCACGACAAUGGGAUGUUUUCACCAAGUGGAGAAUCCUGUGAAGACAUUGAUGAAUGUGGAACUGGAAGGCAUAGCUGUGCCAAUGACACUAUUUGCUUUAACUUGGAUGGUGGGUAUGACUGUCGAUGUCCGCAUGGCAAAAACUGCACAGGAGACUGUAUCCAUGAAGACAAAAUCAAACACAAUGGUCAGAUUUGGGUGCUGGAGAAUGACAGAUGCUCUGUCUGCUCAUGCCAGAAUGGAUAUGUGAUGUGCCGGCGAAUGGUCUGUGACUGUGAAAAUCCCACUGUAGACCUAUUUUGCUGUCCUGAAUGUGACCCAAGGCUCAGCAGCCAAUGUUUACAUCAGAGUGGGGAGCUUUCCUACAACAGCGGUGACUCCUGGAUACAGAACUGUCAGCAGUGUCGCUGUUUGCAAGGUGAAGUUGACUGUUGGCCCUUGCCAUGCCCAGAAGUGGACUGUGAAUUCAGUGUCCUCCCCGAGAAUGAGUGCUGCCCACGCUGUGUUGCUGACCCCUGCCAGGCAGACACCAUUCGCAACGACAUCACUAAAACCUGCCUGGAUGAAACCAAUGUCGUUCGCUUCACUGGGUCUUCUUGGAUUAAGCAUGGCACAGAGUGCACACUCUGCCAGUGCAAGAACGGCCAUGUCUGUUGCUCAGUGGAUCCACAGUGCCUUCAGGAACUGUGACACCAACAACCAUCUCUCACAAAGCAGUUUCUGGUUAAAGAAUUUUCCUUCAAAAAAAAAAUAAAUCUUUAGACCAAAAAUUGUAUAAAAUUUAAACUAAAAUUGGAUUGUUUUUGUCCAUCUGAAGUGCAGAAAUGUGAUUCAGUUACCUGAAUCAGAGUGAAAUUUGUGAGACUCAAGACAAGCUCAGAUGUGUAAACCUUUAUAUGAGGUCAGGCCCAAAUGUUCUGGCUAUUUGUCUGUCUGACAUCAUUAUGCAGAAUAUUAGGUUAGUGUAAAGUGACACAUUGUAAUGCUGUACAUAACGAUGUCAAGAUCCUAACACAGCUAGGAGCUCUUACAGGGUCUUCCAAAGCUUUGAGAGUCCAGCACUUGACCAGAUGAAGAGAUUUUUACUUAAUUGUUAUUGGUUCUGCACAAAUGUGUUUGAUUGCUCACUGCAGAAUAUAGCAGAUGUAAAAGGAUGAAGCCUUCAGGAAUAAAGAACAUAGCAGCUAAGAUGUGAUAUGUACAGUAUAUGCGCUGAAAAAAAAAAAAAAGAUACAAGCUAUUGUAAAAACAAAACAAACAAAAAAAACAUACAAAAAAAAAAACACAAAAAACCCUAAAAACAAAAAUCGUGAUGCACAGGCAUGGCUUCUUAAUGUUUUCUGAUGGGAAAAGUCAUCGAUAUUUUCUUGUUUUACUGCACUUACUAUUAUUUCUUGAUUGAAUUUGUUCAGUAUAAGCUCGUUAUUGUGCAAAUUUAAAUAAAUAUUUCUCUUACCUUAA